AUGGACGUCCAGGUGGCUCCUCUCCGGGCCUGGGAUGAUUUCUUCCCCGGAUCUGACCGCUUCUGCCGGCCGGACUUCAAAGACAUCUCCAAAUGGAACAACAGGGUGGUGAGCAACCUGCUCUACUACCAGACCAACUACAUGGCCCUGGCGGCCGCCGUCGUCUGCUUGGUGGGGUUUUUAAGUCCUUUCAACAUGAUCCUGGGAGGCACAGUGGUGGUCUUGGUCUUUUUGGCCUUCGUGUGGACCUCGCACAACAGGGAUAUCAUCAAGAGAUUUAAGAAGCAAUACCCGACCGUAUUUGUCAUGUGUAUCAUGUUGUGCAGCUACUUUGUCAUAUCCAUGUGUGGGGGCGUCAUGGUGGUUUUGUUUUUGGAAUUUCUUUGCCACUCUUGUUGAUGUUCAUCCAUGCCUCCCUGCGGCUCCGUAACAUGAAGAACAAGUUUGAGAAUAAGAUGGAGGGCGUUGGUCUGAAGAAGACUCCAAUGGGGAUCGUACUUGAUGCUCUUGACCAGCAGGAGGAAAACAUUGCGAAAUUCGCCGACUCCUUCAUUAAAUUAAAGGAAUAA